CAGGGAGGCAUUUACUUUGUUUUCUUUACAGUCAUCUGGGGUCAUCAGAAACUGUUGUUCUUUUGUUGACGUAAGCUCGUUUAAAGACCGGGAUUGCUUGAGCCAAGAUGGACGGCAAACCUACGACUAGGACCCAGGAUGUAGAAAACCAAGGAGAGUUGACCCCUCAGAAGAAACCCCUAGACAUCGCCUAUGGCAUCGAGGAUGUCCCUCCCUGGUACCUGUGCAUAUUGCUCGGCUUUCAGCAUUACCUGACCAUGUUUGGCUCCACCAUCGCAGUGCCACUGGUACUGUCUCCUGCCCUCUGUAUCGGGGAUGACAAUCUUGCCAAGAGUCAACUCAUCAGCACCAUCUUCUUUGUGUCAGGAAUCUGCACACUCUUACAGACCAUCUUUGGUAUCAGGUUACCGAUUGUCCAGGGCGCCACGUUUUCCUUCCUGGCCCCGACCUUUGCGAUCCUGUCCCUACCACAGUGGCAGUGCCCUGCACCUGACAAUACGACAUCUGGACUAAAUGCGACCCUAAAUGGGAUCCAGAAUUUCACUGGAGAGCCUGGAAACAACGAUGAAGUGUGGAUGGUUCGAGUCCGAGAGAUCCAAGGUGCCAUCAUGGUGGCAGCCCUCUUUCAGGUGUUCCUGGGCUUCAGCGGGAUCAUGGGAUUGCUGAUGCGGUUCAUCGGCCCGCUGGUCAUUGCCCCCACCAUCACCCUGGUGGGCCUGGCGCUGUUCUCCGCUGCUGCCGACUUCUCAGGCAGACACUGGGGCAUCGCAGCUCUAACUAUUGUCCUGAUCACCCUGUUCUCCCAGUACCUGAGGAACGUGAACAUCCCAUGCUGUGGGUACAGUAGAGACACAGGCUGCCAUUGUCAUGCCUCCUCCUUCCCUCUCUUCAAACUCUUCCCAGUGAUCAUGUCCAUGAUCCUUGCGUGGAUCUUCUGUGCCAUCCUGACAGCAGCCAACGUGAGAGGAUUCACCGCCAGGACAGACGCCAGGAUCGGUGUGCUGCAGCAGGCUCCAUGGUUCAGGUUCCCUUAUCCAGGCCAAUGGGGCAUGCCCACUGUGAGUGUUGCGGGGGUGUUUGGCAUGUUGUCAGGAGUGCUGUCAUCCAUGAUAGAGUCUAUUGGAGACUACUAUGCCUGUGCAAGGCUGUCUGGUGCCCCCCCUCCCCCAACCCAUGCCAUCAACAGAGGAAUAGGUAUGGAGGGGAUCGGGUGUAUUCUGGCUGGAGCCUGGGGUUCAGGGAAUGGUACAACGUCAUACAGUGAAAACGUUGGGGCCAUCGGCAUCACUAAGGUGGCCAGUAGGAGAGUGGUCCAAGCGGGCGCCAUCGUCGCCAUCCUGCUCGGCAUGCUGGGAAAAUUCGGCGCCCUGUUCACCACAAUCCCUGACCCCAUCGUAGGCGGGAUGUUCUGCGUGAUGUUCGGCAUGAUCACGGCCAUCGGGGUCUCCAAUCUGCAGUUCGUUGACCUCAACUCCUCCCGUAACCUGUUCGUGUUUGGUUUCUCCAUCCUGCUGGGUCUGGCUGUGCCGUACUGGCUCAACAAGUAUCCUGGCAGUAUUGAAACAACUGUACCUGAAUUAAACCAGAUCAUCACAGUCCUGCUGACCACCAACAUGUUUGUGGGAGGCUUCACUGCUUUCAUCCUGGAUAACACCAUCCCAGGAACUGCAGAGGAGCGAGGUCUGCUUCACUGGAACAAAGAAGCUGGGAGCGACUCGGAAAUGACCUUCGAAGAGCGAGAAGCACUGAAUGUGUACGAUCUCCCGUUCGGCAUGGGCCUCAUUCGCCGCGCCAACUGUACGCGCUACCUCCCCUUCUGCCCAACAUUUCUUCUUCCACCAAUCACAGACCAGCAAGGGGAGGGCGUGUCAACGGAAAAUGACACAACCCAAACAACUUCUUUUUAAGGAUACAAGCCAGCGCUGCUGUUCAAAGCAACACAAGCUAAAAUUUCAUAUCUUUUAUCUCUAAUUUUUUCUUGACGUAAAUUUUUAGUAAUACUUUAGCCUUGUCAAUUUUCUUAUUCUUUUUAUACAAUCAUGAAAACACUUACGGUGUUACCAAGUACCAGGGUACAAGUCUUUUGAAGAGUUUUGCACAUGAUCAUGUUAAGUGCAGGAAGUCAGGCUUGACUACAUGUACAUAUAUGUGUGGGUUUUCAAGAAAAGGAAACAUUCCAAUAUCUGAAUAAGUUUUUAUAUUGUUACAUUCCAUUCGCUACCUCCCCUUCUGUCCAACAUUUCUUCUUCCACCAAUCACAGACCAGCAAGGGGAGGGCGUGUCAGCUGAAAAUGACACGACCCAAACAACUUCUUUUUAAGGAUACAAGCCUGUGCUGUUAUUGAACGCAACAGAGGUUAAAUUUUUGUAUCUUUUAUUUCUAAUCAUUUUCUUGACGUAAAUUUUAGUAAUACUACUUUAGCCUUCAAUUGUCAAUUUUCUUAUUCUUUUUACACAAUCAUGAAAGCACUGAUUACACUAAGGUGUUCUGUCUUUUACACACUGUAUCAAGUACAAGUCUUUUGAAGAGUUUUGCACAUGAUCAUGUUAAGUGCAGGAAGUCAGGCUUGACUACAUGUACAUAUAUGUAUGGGCUUUCAAGAAAAGGAAACAUUCCAAUAUCUUAAUAAGUUUUUAUAUUGUUACAUUCCACUGAGUAUGGAAAAUACUCUGGGUACAUGGAUGGCUAUAAAAUACCCAUACUGAAUUGUUUGGUAAAUUGCUGCCUAACUGCAUGUAAAUAAAGUUUUAACAAAACUACCAGGCAUUCUUGCAGAAGUUUUCAAUAUUGUACUUAAUCUUUAUAUUUUUUUAAAUCUAUCAAAAGAUUGAUAUAUUUCAAGCACAUGAAUCCAAUAAGUGGUAAAGGCUGAGUGCCAUCCUCCUCCAUAGAGACUGCUGACUCAAUCCUUUAAAGCCAGCGGUCACUACGGAGGAUGGCACUCAGGCUAUAAUUGGUAUAAAAUCUGAAAUUACAAUUAGAAAAUCAAGUUACAUGUAUUAUAAUCUUGAUUUUGUGAAGUUACUUUGUAUGUCCUUCCACUUUUGUCAUGAAUGGCAAUAAACAAUGACUUGAUAU